UCCACGAUUUCCCAGAAUCUCUCAUCUCCUCCCCACCCUUAACACACGAUCUCCUCGAUGUCACUCCCCACCCUCGCACAAACGACCCACACGUCGUUUCCCAUUCGGAUUCCACUCGAUGACCUGAAAUGCAACGUCAAUCAUCGUUCGCCUCAGCGUACACCAAAUCUAUUUCCAUUUUCUCUGACACAUUCGUUGAAAAAUAGGUUCUUCGUUAGUUCGUCCUACAGCAGAGUUUCUUGUCAGCUACCUGAUCUCCGAUGUGAAGCGAGGACAGCUGCUGAUAAGAGUCUGCAGUGGUUGGUUGGAAAUGCUAUUCUUGACGCACUGGCCAAGUUUUUGACCCAUAUAGAAGAACUGACCAACUGACUUCACAUCUGUGUUGAACAGAAUCCGCUUCUUCUUCUUGCUGUUUUUGCCGGCUGGCUG